GUUUUCAUAAUCCCAUCAAAAGUUUCGAAGAAAAAAGAAAUGUUUCUUCUUGAUUGGUUGUACGGAAUUCUUGCAACCUUGGGUCUGUCACAAAAGGAGGCUAAGAUCUUGUUCCUUGGUUUAGAUAACGCUGGCAAGACCACUUUGCUUCAAAUGCUCAAAGAUGAGAGACUAGUUCAGCAUCAACCCACUCAAUUCCCAACUUCAGAGGAGUUGAAUAUUGGGAAUAUUAAAUUCAAAGUCUUCGAUUUGGGUGGCCACCAGAUUGCUCGUAGAGUCUGGAGGGACUAUUAUGCUAAGGUUGAUGCAGUGGUGUACGUGGUGGAUGCACAUGACAAGGAGAGGUUCCCAGAAUCAAAAAAGGAGUUGAAUGCUCUUCUAUCUGAUGACUCAUUAGAAAAUGUACCUGUUCUUGUACUAGGAAACAAGAUUGACAUAGUUGAUGCUGCAUCAGAAGAGGAGUUAAGGUAUCAUUUGGGCCUCACCAACUUCACUACAGGAAAAGGCAUGGUCAAUCUUAAGGACUCCAAUAUUCGGCCUCUAGAAGUGUUCAUGUGCACUAUUGCUCGCAAGAUGGGGUUUGGAGAAGGCUUCAAGUGGCUCUCUCAGUACAUCAAAUAGAGAACAUGGUGUGCUCCUACAUGUUGAUCAUUGUCACCAUGUUCAUGCAAUACCAGCACAAGUAUUUGUUGUAUUCAGCCAUGUAACUUGGAAACUUCUCUGGUGGUUUUGAUUUUUUACUGUCAUGAGGCUUGCUUGUUUCUAUUUAUUUUUUUAAACUUUGCUGUAUAUAUUGGUUGUUGCAAGAAGCAAAAUAACAAUUCUUCUAGCUUCC